GGUUGCCAUGGGGACCUGGAUGCUGACGAAGGCUCGCGAGGCUGUGAGCAGCCACAGUGCCCUGCUCAGAAGCCCGGGGCUCGUCAGUCAAGCCGGUUCUCUGCUUGCACUCGGCACGGGCAGGCGAGUGGCCCCUAGUUCCAGGAGCAGAGCAGCAGUGCCUCAGUCCUGGUCUUCCAGCUCCAAGCCUCGCCUGCCCACCCAGCACCAGGAUGGCCACCAUCACCUGCACCCGCUUCACAGAAGAGUACCAGCUCUUCGAGGAACUAGGAAAGGGAGCCUUCUCAGUGGUGCGCAGGUGUGUCAAGGUGCUGGCCGGCCAAGAGUAUGCUGCCAAGAUCAUCAACACCAAGAAACUCUCAGCCAGAGACCAUCAGAAGCUGGAGCGAGAAGCCCGCAUCUGCCGCCUGCUGAAGCACCCCAACAUCGUCCGACUCCAUGACAGCAUCUCGGAAGAGGGACACCACUACCUGAUCUUUGACUUGGUCACUGGUGGAGAGCUGUUUGAAGACAUCGUGGCCCGGGAGUAUUACAGUGAAGCAGAUGCCAGUCACUGUAUCCAGCAGAUCCUGGAGGCUGUGCUGCACUGCCACCAGAUGGGGGUGGUGCACCGGGACCUGAAGCCCGAGAAUCUGUUGCUGGCUUCCAAGCUUAAGGGUGCUGCAGUGAAGCUGGCGGACUUCGGCCUGGCCAUAGAGGUGGAAGGAGAGCAGCAGGCAUGGUUUGGGUUUGCAGGGACACCUGGAUACCUCUCCCCAGAAGUGCUGCGAAAGGACCCGUAUGGAAAGCCUGUGGACCUAUGGGCCUGUGGGGUCAUCCUAUAUAUCCUGCUGGUUGGGUACCCCCCGUUCUGGGAUGAGGACCAGCACCGCUUGUACCAGCAGAUCAAAGCCGGUGCCUAUGAUUUCCCAUCACCAGAAUGGGACACCGUCACCCCGGAAGCCAAGGAUCUGAUCAAUAAGAUGCUGACCAUCAACCCAUCCAAACGCAUCACAGCUGCUGAGGCCCUUAAGCACCCUUGGAUCUCGCACCGCUCCACUGUGGCCUCCUGUAUGCACAGACAGGAGACCGUGGACUGCCUGAAGAAGUUCAACGCCAGGAGAAAACUGAAGGGAGCCAUUCUCACUACUAUGCUGGCCACCAGGAACUUCUCUGGAGGGAAGAGUGGAGGAAACAAGAAGAACGAUGGUGUGAAGAAAAGAAAGUCCAGUUCCAGCGUUCAGUUAAUGGAAUCUUCUGAGAGCACCAACACCACCAUUGAGGAUGAAGACACCAAAGUGCGGAAACAGGAAAUUAUAAAAGUGACAGAGCAGCUGAUUGAAGCCAUAAGCAAUGGAGAUUUUGAGUCUUACACGAAGAUGUGUGACCCCGGCAUGACAGCCUUUGAACCCGAGGCCCUGGGGAACCUGGUCGAGGGUCUGGACUUCCAUCGAUUCUAUUUUGAAAACCUGUGGUCCCGGAACAGCAAGCCUGUGCACACCACCAUCCUGAAUCCCCACAUCCACCUGAUGGGUGACGAGUCAGCCUGCAUCGCCUACAUCCGCAUCACGCAGUACCUGGAUGCUGGUGGCAUCCCACGCACCGCCCAGUCCGAGGAGACCCGUGUCUGGCACCGCCGGGAUGGCAAAUGGCAGAUCGUCCACUUUCACAGAUCUGGGGCGCCCUCUGUCCUGCCCCAGUAA